ACCUGUAAGAUGCGAGAAUCCUGCUGAAACACAUUUCAGUUCAUGGUUGCAACGUGACAACCUGUGGAAGAGUCAAAGCUCUGAAAGCCACACACAACGUGAGCCCAAUAAAUUACUCCACAUCUGUCUGACCGCUACUGAGUUUUUCAUGCACGGCCUGCUAAUUCAAUAAAGUCUUUGUAAAUUAGAUUUUAAAUGAUCCGCAACCGUCCUCUCCAUGCAUUGCCCCUGAUAAGCUGUGGAUGGAGAGGAAAAACACAGAGUUGCUCUGUUUAAAAUCAUAAAGGGAUCUUUUAUUUCUAGUUAUUGAUGUUUUUUCUUGAAAACGUGUUUAGGGAGACAUCUUUCUGUGUUAGAAAUAGCCCAGAGCAACUCUUCCAUUUCAGCAAGCCACACAGUUCGAGGAAAAAGGAGAAGGUUUUUCUCUCUGCCGCCCAUUCGCCAUUUGCUUUUUGCUUUUUUCAUGUGAAGUCAUCGGGCACUUUUGCUUCGCAAGCAACAGGAGGGGGUGAAUGGCAAGAUGUAGAACAUCUGGGCACAUCUGGAUCGGAUUGCACUCGCAGAGGCAGGAUUACUCGGGCGACCGGAUGCCCUUCUUGCAGAUUUGGAGAACACCAGCUCUCCUCUUCCUCGGUGUCCCGUCUUGCUGACCUCUGACCCUCCACAGAAUUCCAAUGCCAACUCCCACGACUCGGCGCAGGCUCGACCGCCGCCGCCCGCCUACACGCCGCAGCAGACUGUUUCUGCAGCAAUGAAGUCUUCAACCAACUCCAACCCGGACAAAUUAUACAGCACCGUGUGCAAACCGCGCUCUCCGCGCUCAGCAGACCCUCCGCCUGCCUUCUCCUCCUCGCUGCUGGGCGGCGGUCUGAAUGAGCUGGAUCAUCUGCUGCAGGAGCUCAACGCCACCCAGUUUAACAUCACAGAUGAGAUCUUGGCCCAGUUUCCUGCUUCUAAGAAAGAUGAGAGGGACAGGAUCAAGGAUAAGACCUCAACCUCCUCCAGCUCUUCUAAGCCUUCAGCGACUUCAGCCACCAUGGAGUUGGACAAACUGAUGGCUUCACUGUCUGACUUCAGAGUCCAGACGACGCCAACUCCGCCUGUCAGCCAAGUGGUCACCGCACCGCAGCGGCCCGCCACCCCGCCGCAGCAGUCCGCCGCUCCAGCCCAGCCCACACCUGGAGGCUCACUGGACAGCAUGCUGGGACUCCUCCAAUCAGACCUGAGCCGACAAGGAGUUCAGACGUCCUCCAAGGGAAACUGCUCAGCCUGCCAAAAACCAGUCGUAGGACAGGUGGUGACGGCGCUCGGGAAGGUGUGGCACCCGGAGCACUUCGUGUGCACACAGUGCGAGACGGAGCUGGGCAGUCGCAACUUCUUCGAGAAGGACGGGCGGCCAUAUUGCGAGUCGGACUACUUCACGCUCUUCUCCCCGCACUGCGCCAACUGCAGCAAACCGAUACUGAACAAAAUGGUCACUGCUCUGGACAAGAACUGGCAUCCAGAGUGUUUCUGCUGCGUCAAGUGCAGCCGCACGUUUGGAGACGAAGGUUUCCAUGACCGUGACGGCCAGCAGUACUGUCAACAGUGCUUCCUGACCCUGUUUGCCUCCCGCUGUCAGGGCUGCAGCGAACCGAUUCUGGAAAACUACAUCUCAGCUCUGAACUCUCUCUGGCAUCCGCAGUGCUUCGUGUGUCGGGAGUGCUACAGCCCCUUCGUCAACGGCAGCUUCUUCGAGCACGAGGGCAAGCCGCUGUGCGAGGCCCACUACCACCAGUCCCGCGGCAGCAUGUGCCAGGCCUGCCAGCAGCCCAUCCUGGGGCGCUGCGUCACCGCCAUGGGCGCCAAGUUCCACCCGCACCACCUGGUGUGCCAGUUCUGCAUGAAGCCGCUGAGCAAGGGCUGCUUCAAGGAGCAGGAAAACAAGCCCUACUGCCACCCCUGCUUCAUCAAGCUCUUCGGUUAGACGCCCACCGCUCCACGGACCGACUCUACGGGAGACAGUUAGGGCCACCAAUUAAAAAAAAGUACAAAAUUAUGACUUAAAACUGACUUUUUUUCUUCUCGGAAUUCUGACUUAAAUCUCAGAAUUCUCCCUUUAAUAGAAAUUUGACUUUGAAAUAAGAAUUCUGAUGUUAAUUUAAGAAUUCUGACUUUAUUUUCAGAAUUCUGAUGUCAAUUUCAGAAUUUUGAUAUUAAUUUCAGAAUUUUGAUAUUAAUAGAAUUUUGUUGUUAAUUUCAAAAUUCUGACUAAUUUCAGAAUUUUGAUAUUAAUAAAAUUUUAAUGUUAAUUUCAGGAUUCUGACUUUGAUUUCAGAAUUCUGAUGUCUUCUCAGAAUUCUGACUUUAAUCUCAGUUUCCUAUCUUUUCUCUCAAAAUUCUCAUUUUGUCAACCUGUGUAUGGAAAAAAGAGAAAAAAACAACUGAAUAAAAAGUCAGAAUUACAUUUUUUUUUCUGGUGGCCCUAAUCCUCUUCCGUGCUUCGCUCAUCCUCUGUAUCCCUGAAUAAAAGCAGAUGCUUUUUCUACAUCAUGUCUCGGUUAUUUAGUGCAGCAGUGAGGAUGGAGUAGAAUCAACCAACACAGCACAUAAUUAGUUUUUUAGAAAAUGAGAUUGAGACGAAGCAUGUAGUAAAUCGAUGCUAAAAGUUUCUCUCAGCCAUAAAAUUUUAUCUUUUUUUUUGCCAAAGGAAGGAAAGAAGCAGAUUAAAUGUAUUGCUUCAGUUCACGAGGUUAAAUGUUAUGAAAGAAAAUUCCUUAUAAUAUAUUUGCUUUUUUAUUGCCUCAAGUACACACUUCACUGCAUUUGCAUUUAUGUAUUGUUUGUUGAUUGCUAAAUAUGUUUACGUAAACUACCUUAUUUUUAAAGUCAGGUAUCUUUCACUUAUUGCUCUAUGCAAAAUGUCAGACGCGUUUCUAGAAAUAAAAGAAGUUUUUAUGAUG